AUGGCGCGGGUCAAGGGGAGCAUGAAGCAAGGGUUGCACAGAGACUGUGCAAGCCUUGCCCUGAUCUACUUGCUCCUGAUCGUCUUAUCGUGCAUCACCUACAGGCCAACGUUGGCAGUCCAAUGCUGGACUCCUGGGGAUGAAGCUAACAGGCCUUACUGCAAGGAGCACUGCUGCUCCAACGUCUGCAUGAAUGCGACAGACUUGGCAGAAUGCAAGAAAAUCAAUCUUACAUCCCUGUCCGUCUCCACGCUUCCCCCCUUGUGGGGAUGCAACUCAUUGGUAAGGAAGUGGUGUAUCUGUUUCUUUGAGGACGGCAUGUGCAAUGGAACGACGGUGGACAACAUCGUCAACGACACAGAUGUCACCAGCUUUCCGCAGGAGUCUCAGUACGUCAACCGGACUACUCUCUUACUUAUCUGCCUUCCGCUCGUCUUUGCUAUCUUCAUGUUUGCGUGCGGAGUGGUGUGCUCGACUGGAAAGUGCAGGCAGUGCAUGGGAGAUCUGAUCUGGAAGAUCAAGCCGCUGAAACCCAAGACGCAGGAGGAGGAGGAGGAGGACGAUGACGACGACGACGACGGCGGCGGCGAUGGAGAGGACGGCGAGGAGGGCAACGAGAUGGAGAGAGCAAGAGCUAAGGCGAAGACGCUGGGGGAGUGGACGCUGGAUAUCAUCGUGCUGCAGGCUCGCAACCUCCCUCGCAGCGACAUCCCUAUCGUCGACAAGUACCUGGUGGGGCUCGCGGACCCUUACGCCCUCAUCGGCGUGAGAAACAAGAGAAGAGAGAGAAAGACCCCCUACGUGCCCGAGCAUCGCACCUCCACCAAGAAGAGCACGCUGAACCCGAGCUGGAACGAGCAGUUCCGCGUGCAGUUCUCCGGGACCAAGGACGAUGUCUCUGUACAGGUGUGGGACUGGGAUAAGUGGAAAUACGACGACUACAUCGGGGAGGCGCUGAUCCCGACGGGCCCGCUGGUGCAGGCGUUCAAGCCUGGCAAUACUGCGUUUGCUGAUGCGCAAUGGUUCGAGCUGUAUGAUAAGAACGGUCAUGUCGUUACUGCCGGGAAAAAGGGCAAAGAGCUGGACAUGCCAGCAGCUGUAGAGCUUCAGUUCAAGCUUGACAAGACCUACGAUCCUGUCGAGGCUCUUGGCGACAUGAAAAGAGCCAUGGAAGUGAUUAGGGCGACAGCUCAAGAAGAAAAACUCCAAAAAAGGCGAGCGGAGCAGGAGGCGAUCAAACUCAAGAAGAAGCGCGAGCAAAGGCCCUCGGUGUAUCGGGUGAUGGAAACCUUGAGGGUGGAUGCCUGUAAAGUGCGAGACCAUGGGGAGUCAAUACCCAGUUUUCCAGUGGAUGCCAAACCAGCCAGGAUCACUGUCGCGAGCAACAGGAAGCCGAGGAAGGGUACGAGGAAGAAGUAA